AUGCGUAAUAGCAUGCUACCACUGUUGCUCUUCUUGGCAAGCUGCUGUACCGCUGAUCUCGGAUGUCCACCACCACCUGGCGACCUGUUCACCAACAAGGCGAAGGUUGAUGUCCGUGAAAGUCCCGUUUCCGUCAAACAUAAAAUCACUACCGGUAGUACGAUUACAAAUCAGCCGCUGUCACCGAGAUGGUAUGGCUUGACUGUGGAACCGGACUUCAAGAUCGAUGAGCUGCCACCCGAUUGGCAACGGGUUCGGACCCAUGAACCAUGGCCGCCAUUGAAGUGUCCGGGCGGGAUUGACAAUACCAAGAGAUGGAUUACUUACUGCUUCGUAGAUGACGACGCCGCCGAACAUUUGGUCCAAAUAUUACUCUUUGCUAUGACUCGGUGGAGACCAGCAAGUAGGUACACAACAUUCAACAUAGCGCCCGAGAUCAGGUGUUAUGACUGGGCUACCAAGUCAUGGAACUUCAAGUGCAUCUGCACUCCUGAUUCUCGGUAUGCUUUGCGUAUCUUUGAUGGUAGGACAAUCAAAGAUGAUGCGCUUGCCGAAGUAGGGUACACAAACGCUGUGCCCCUUCAAAACAUAGUUGCUUUCGACCACAACUUCGAGAAUUCGCGUCAAUGGAGCGACACAUACAAGCUGCAAGUGAGAAUCAACGCUAUGACGCAUGAGCUCGGUCAUGUCGCUGGAUUACUACAUGAGCAUCAGCGCACUGAUGCUGCACUGUACGUAGAAGUCCAGUGCCGAAGGUUCAAAGGAUAUAACGAUGCGGAGGACAAGGCCAGAGAGGAGAUCAGGGAAGGAGUUUUCGAACCCGGGUCGACCCUCGCAGAUCGGAUGAAGAAGAUCUGUACAACCUGGAAAGCUGCUCAGCACUAUAUGCCAAUGCUACAUGAUUGGGUGCCAGGCGUCCCUAACACUCAGUUCCGAUGGACCUCAAUGUCUCAGUCGUAUGACUAUGGAUCAAUCAUGGGCUAUGACUCCCUUUCGGAACCCGGAGCAUCAAAGAAGUCGGCAGUGAUACUUCGGAAAGAUGGCGUGAACAAUGGCAUCAUCUACGUGGGGGGCCAUAAGGAUCCACGUUUCGCUGCCGUUUCUGUUAUGGAUGUCAUGAGGAUUGCACAGCUUUAUCCUGGCGACGAAACUCAGAGAAACGAAGCUGCUGCAAUGGCUGAACAUGGGUCAUGGCCGCACACCGUAGUCAUGGUGGACGAGGUGGCGACAGCAGUCAUGCCAGUACCAAUGAACACUGCUCCUGUAUUUGGAUCUGCAGGCCACGGCAACAUAGUCGUCGACGAAGAAGCAGAUGCCCGCGAAGAAUAG